AUGAAAAUCCCCGGCCUGCCCUUGAUCCUCCUCCUGGCCACCCUCCUAGCCGGCGUGUCCGCCCUCCCUCCAGUUCCCUGCCCAUCACGCGGCAAGCCGGUCGGAGGGGUAGAACUCUCCUACAGGGUGCCUUGUGAGGCAAUAAGGAAGUGUACGGGCGGGUACCCGGAACAUGGCGGUCGCUGCAACAACCCUGCCUUCGCCGUUAGGUACCGUUGUCGGCCAUGUCGCAAGGACGUUCCGGGUCAACAAAACUGUGGUCACAUACACCAAGAUGCUUGCGGAUGCGGAGUGCGGCCGGAUUCGCCUUAA